GCGGGCGGCGGCGAAGGUUGGGACGCAGCUUGCGGCGCUGGCUUGCGGCGCGGAGGCUGGGGCAGAGAUGCGAUCUUUUCCAGAAUCCAGAUAUGGGUGUGAGAGGGUUACAGGGGUUUGUGAAAAGUACCUGCCCACAUGUAUGUACAGUAAUCAACCUCAGAGAGAUGGCGGAGCACCACCUCAGCAGGCACCCGAACUGUACUCCGACCAUUGUUGUGGAUGCCAUGUGCUGUCUCCGAUACUGGUACACUCCAGAAUCUUGGAUCUGUGGUGGCCAGUGGCGAGAAUACUAUGCUGCUUUGCGAGAUUUUAUUAAAACCUUUGCAUCUGUUGGCAUUAAGUUGAUAUUCUUCUUUGAUGGCAUGGUGGAGCAGAAUAAAAGAGAUGAGUGGGUCAAACGAAGGCUUAAGAACAACAGGGAGAUAUCGAAGAUUUUCCAUUACAUAAAGUCACACAGGGAGCAGCCAGGCCGAAAUAUGUUCUUUAUCCCCUCUGGGUUGGCCAUAUUUACACGGUUUGCUCUGAAGGCACUGGGUCAGGAAACCUUGUGUUCAUUACAGGAGGCAGACUAUGAGGUGGCUUCCUAUGGUCUCCAGCAUAACUGUCUUGGAAUUCUUGGGGAAGACACCGAUUACUUAAUUUAUGAUACUUGUCCAUAUUUUUCGAUUAGUGAUCUCUGUCUAGAUAGUCUCGACACAGUCAUGCUAUGUCGAGAGAAGCUUUGUGAGAGUCUGAGCCUCCAUGUGGCUGACCUGCCUCUGCUGGCCUGUCUGCUUGGCAAUGAUAUCAUACCAGAGGGCAUGUUCGAGAGCUUUCGGUACAAAUGCUUGUCUUCCUAUACAUCUUCAAAAGAGAACUUUGACAAAAAAGGUAAUGUUAUCUUAGCUGUAUCAGACUAUAUAUCCAAAGUUCUUCACUUGCAUCAAGGUGAGAAAAAAUUAGAAGAGAUGUUACCUUUGGGACCAAACAAAGCUCUUUUUUAUAAAGGAGUGGCAUCGUAUCUCUUGCCAGGACAGAAAUCUCCAUGGUUCUUCCAAAAACCCAAAGGUGUAACAAUGUUGGACAAGCAAGUAAUAUCCAUAAAUUCAGACCCUGAAUCCAAGCAAGAGGUUCCCAUUUGUACAGAGCCUGAACCCAAACAAGAAGUUCUCGUGUGUGCAGCUCCUGAUUCCAAGGAGGAAGUUCCCAUAUGUGCACAUCCUGUAUUGAAGGAGGAAGUUCCCAUAUGUGCACAUCCUGAACUUAAGCAAGAAGUUCCUGUGUGUGCAGAUUCUGAAUCCAAGGAAGACGCUCCUAUGUGCAUAGAUCCUGAAUCAAAGAAAGAAGUUCCCAUGUACGUAGAUGCUGAAUCUAAGCAAGAAAUUCUCAUGUAUAUAGAUCCUGAACCCAAGCAAGGAGUUCCCAUAUGUACAAACCCUGAAAUAAAUCAGAAAUUAUCUAUAGGAACAGACCCUGUAUUUAAUCUAGAAGCUUCCAUGUGUAUAUACCCUGAAGUUAAACGAGAAGAUCCCAUGGAUAUGGGUCCUGAAAUAAAAGAACAAGUAACCAUGGUUUCAGAUCCUGAAAUCUUAAAGAUUGCUAGGACGCAUCAUGUCCAGGCAGAAAGCUACCUGGUGUACAACAUCAUGAACAAUGGAGAGAUUGAGUGCAGCAACACCUUAGAAGAUGAGCUGGACCAAGCCCUGCCCAGCCAGGCUUUCAUCUACCGCCCUGUCCGCCAGCGUGUCUACUCAAUUUUACUGGGAGACUGCCAAGAUGGUGCCAGUGCCACCUACCCAGUGGUCAAGGAGUGGUUCGUGUACCCUGGAAACCCGCUGAGGCACCCAGACCUCGUCAGGCCUCUGCAGAUGACCAUCCCAGGAGGAACACCUAGUUUGAAAAUCCUGUGGAUGAACGAGGAGCCGGCCGUGCAAGCGCAGCGCCUGGAUAUACUCCUGUCCUGUUUCAGUCUCUCCUCUUCGAGGGAAGAGCUGCAGGCUGUGGAGAGCCCACUAAGGGCUCUGUGCUGCCUGUUGAUCUACCUCUUCAUCCAGGUAGACACUCUUUGCCUGGAGGAUUUGUAUGCAUUUAUUGCUCAGGCCUUGUGCCUCCAAGGAAAAUCAACUGCGCAGCUCAUAAACUUACAGCUCGACUACAUCGACCCCCGAGCUGUGCAGCUUGGGUCCCUCCUCGUCCGAGGCCUCACCACUCUGGCUCUGGUCAAUAGUGCAUGUGGCUUCCCCUGGGAGACAAAUGAGUUCAUGCCCUGGAAUGUGUUUGAUGGGAAGCUUUUUCAUCAGAAGUACCUGCAAUCUGAAAAGGGAUAUGCUGCGGAGGUUCUUUUGGAACAAAAUAGAUCUUGGCUCACCAAAUUUCACAAUCUGAAGGCAGUGGUUUGCAAGGCCUGCAUGAAAGAGAAUCGUCGCAUCGUGGGCCGAACACACUGGAACUCACACCACACAGGGAGGUGGGGAAGACAGAACUCUAGCUCCCACAGGAUGAGCUCUACAUACAGUCGUUCUGGGCAAGGACAUCCGUGGAGAGACCAGGGACCAGGAAGCAGACAGUAUGAGCAUGACCAAUGGAGAAGGUACUAGGUGUCCGAGUCAGUUCCUCACCUGCAUCUUCAGGAGAAGCAGUAGACUUUGUUCAGACAACAGGAAUUUUUCACCACGUGCAGUUCCCACAGGGUUCACAUGUUGCACCCUCCUGAUUGGAAUCAACUUGCUUGAAGACAAGUUUGUUUCCUCCAGUAACAGUGCGGAGGAGAGGACAAAGUGGAGACGAGGCAUAGCCCAAGUUGCAUGCUUCCUCAGAGAAGAGUCUACAGUGAUGCCACCUUGCCAAGCUGGAAGGGGAAAGUGGCUGGGAGCCAGACCCUCAGUGGAUAGAAGGAAAAUGCCCUUUGCAAUGAACUUGCCCUUGUGUCAUGAGAAGCUUUCUUUGGCUCAUUUUCACAAGUUGUGCCUGCGUCCCUGGCCCACAACAAUCAUUAUUAAUGUCAUAUAUGUCAUCUUAUUUUUUGCAUCCAUUGUUUUGAGGCAACAUUCAUUUUUUUUAACAAAUCGUAAUCUUAACUAUAUC